AUGGUCCCAAAUAUCCCAGCAGACUUCCUCAGAGGUCCAGCACCGCAUGCGACGCUUCACAAACUCGACUUCGAGCAAACAACCCCACCCAUCCCCGCCUUCAAAAAUCAUUUCGCCGCAGUCGUGGAAGACCUGCUGACAGAGUCCGAAUGCAAAGAACUCCUUCGACUAGGAGAGGAUUCAACACGAACUGAACUUCCAGACUCAACCCUCUCACCUCCAAAAUGGGAGCGUGCGACAAUCAACGCAGGCAACAACCGACAAAUCAUGUCCGUGGACUCACGCAAGAGCGGGCGCGUGAUUUUCGACUCGGCAGAAGUCGCUGCGCGACUCUUUGAUCGAAUCCUGCCAUUUCUGCGCGAGUGCGAUAUUGAGGUUAUCAAGAAGCGACCGCUAGUCACAGGCCUGGGGCCUGCCAAGCGAGGCGAGGAGCUUCGUGUGAGUCGCUUGAAUGAGCGACUUCGGUUCUUGCGAUAUGAGGGUGGUGAUUAA